CCUCCACCCUACAUCAGUCAGUUCCAACAGACUUCUCCGCAGACAUGGCCUCAGCCAGCAGCUCCCCAUGUGAAGAGCAGCUCCAGUGUUCAAUCUGUCUGGAUGGGUUCACUGAGCCUGUCUCUACUCCAUGUGGACACAACUACUGCAAGCACUGCAUCACAGGGUACUGGGACAGAAGCACCCUGAUACAGUGCCCCCUCUGUAAGAAGAAGUUCCGCAAGCAGCCACAGCUCCAGGUCAACACUGAGUUCAGAGACAUUUUGAAGCAUUUCAACCACAUGAAGGUGAAUGGGGAUGAGGACAGAGCCAAACCAGGAGAGGUGCCCUGUGACAUCUGCGUUGAUCUGAAGCUCAAGGCCAAGAAGACGUGCAUGGUGUGUUUGGCCUCGUACUGCCAGCCUCACCUGGAGCCUCAUCACAGAGUCAAAACACUCAAGAAGCAUCAGCUGAUCGAACCUGUGUCCAACCUGGAGGACAGGGUGUGUAAGAAGCAUGACAAGAUGUUGGAGUUCUUCUGUGAUGUAGACCAGAAGUGUGUUUGUUUCAUGUGUUUGAAAGACAACCAUGCAUCACAUUUGGCCGUCCCGUUAGAGCAAGCGUUCAGAGACAAGAAAGGCUUGCUGAGCCGUGUGACGUCAAAGAUCAAAAUAAUUGAAAACACCAAAUCCAGGAAUAUUCAGGAAAUCAAAUGUUUGGUUGAACGGACAAAGAAAGAGUCUGAGAAAGAGUUAGCAGACAUCGCUCAGGAGUUCAAUGCCCUGUUGCUCGCUCUGCAAAGAAGCCAGGCUGAGCUCAUGGAGAAGAUCCAGAAGAAGCAGAAAGCAGCUCAGAGGGAGGCUGAAGACGUGGUGACGGAGCUGGAGCAGGAAGUCUCUGAGCUGAGGAGGAGAAGAUCUGAGUGUGAAGAACUUUUACAAACAGAGGACCACCUCAGCUUCCUGCAGAGCUGUUCAACUCUCUGCAUAUACAAAAAUCUGGUCCAAUCCAACAUGCCAAUAGACCUCUCUGACUUCAGUCAGCAGAGUUCUGUGGGGAUGGUGAAAGAAGCAGUGGCUAAGAUGGGAAGUCUUCUCAGGCAUCAGAUGGAGAUGAUAAGUCAUGAGGCACGCUUAAGCAAUGACUGGGAAGGCCCUGCAGCUGAAGAAAUAAGGAGAGAUGAUUUCUAUGAAGAGGUGUGGAACCCCCCCAAGGACAAGCUGAUGAUGAUCCAGCAGAACGAUGCAGUCGAUGUGACUCUGGACGCCCACACAGCCUACACCAAACUUGUAGUCUCUGAGGAUGGGAAACAACUGAGGUUUGAUGAAGGCCUACCACCUCCAGAUCCUUUCUCUCCUCAGAAAGGAUUUCAGUAUCAACCCUUUAUCCUUGGGACUGAGGGCUUCUCCUCUGGCAGGUUCUACUACGAAGUUCAGGUCGGUGGGACUGGAUGUUGGGUAUUGGGAGUGGUCAAAAAGUCCAUCGGCAAGUUUGUAUCACAUUUCCCUAACCCGGAGCAGGGAGGCUGGACAUUCUUAAAACUCAACAAUACAAAAUCCCAAUCCCAAGAUGAAUAUUUCCCAGGCACUUGUAGCCGUUCUCCCCUGUCCCUGAGGCAAAGGCCCCAGAAGGUUGGAGUGUUUGUCGAUUACGAGAAGGGCGAGGUGUCCUUCUACGACGUGGACGCCAGGACUCUGAUCUACUCCUACUCAGGAUGUGCCUUCAUUGAGACCCCGUCAGCAGUCAAGUCUUUUUUCUAUUAUAUUGCAGGCAUAUCCUUUGGUAACAGACCAAAGCUCUACCCUUUUUUGGGGGCUUUCAGUAAUGAAGGGAAUUCUGACACCAUGCUUCUUAUCACUCCUGUAGCCCAUGCAAUUUAAGAUUACAAGUUACAAGUACCAUAAAGCCCUAAAAACUGGGGAAAUGAAUGUGUAACUGCUAAGUUCAGCAGUUAUGGAAGAAGUCAAUUUAGAAAUUAUAAUUUUUUUUAUUCAUAGCUCUUUCUACAUUGAGAUUGAAUCUGAUCAAAGCAGAUUUCUUAAGACCUGACAAUUACUUAUGAGGUUCAUUUUAAAUCAGGGAGACUGGUAGAAGAUAGUACAGUAGAUCAGGGGUAGAGUUUAUUCACAUUCAUGUUGCAAUACUCCCAUAUGACCAGGAGAUGACACCAUUGUUUAACCAGUGUUCUGAUCUGUUUCUCAGAGACGCUACUGUUAGGAAAUAUGGGGACAAUGCUUAUAGGAACUUUAUUUCAUCUCAAAACCAUUUAAGACAAUGUAAACAAAUAUCCUUUGGUUUCUAGUAUUUUGUUUAAAUUAAUAUUUGCUUUUUUCUCAGGCUUAUUUGAUAGUACUUGAUAUCUUUGUUUUUAAUUUAAAUUUGGUCAAAACAGUUCCAAGCUACAAGCUCGUCUUGUUGAAAUUACUUCUAAUGGGUUGCUACUCAGUUAAAUACGUGUAAAUCAGUGUAAAACUGUCAUUAUCAUUUGUCAUAUCACGGCCCUUUUAUGGAGACAAAAUAUUAUGUCUGCCUGUGGAACUAAGCCAAACCACUAAUGACACGUAACUCAAAACCAAACGACAGCAUUGUAUAAUAAGCUAGGCAUUUCAGUGCUGAAUAAGUUCAAGUCAGCCCAAAUACAUCAUGAAGUGGUUAGACACUGCACUGGGAGUGACCUGAACAAUGCAUAUUAUAUUAAACUGCUAAACAUGACAUUUGGGAUGUGAAAAAUUACAAGUUCUACUCCUUCCCUCUUACUCGCAAAUUUAACAAGAAUAGCUAUUCUAUGGGCAGUAUUUAUUGUAGAGACAGAGUUAAAACAGGGGGACAGAGGGGAUGACAUGUGGAAAAUGGUCCUGAGUCGAACUCAAACCAAGGUCCUCCGCUUGGGGACUUGGGGAGCUUUAUCAAUUGAGCUUUACAGAAGACCGUUUUAUCAGAUUUUCAAUGAGUUUACAUUCAAAAUGUAAGACAGCUUCCUAGGUUUCUAAACCUGGUUCAGAGUACACACUAACACACACCUUCUGAGACAUUUCUGCAUGCAUCCUUAUUGUAUGCACGUAUGGUCUUGGUACUAAAUGAUUUCUGUGUUCUGUGUACUGUAACUCUAGUUUUUCUCAUGCUUAUUUGAUGGUACUUAAUAUCUUUGUUUUUUAUUUAAACUUGGUCAAAACAGUUCCAAGCUACAAGCUACCUAAAUACUUAAGUAGGGCUUUAUGAAAUUGAAAUGUACAUUUUUUAAGGUGUUUUGUCAUUGAAUAGACCUAAAGGUUUAUCAAUUAAUUUUACAAAGUUUAUUAAUAAUAAUAAUAAUAAUAAUAAUAGAUUACAUUUAUAUAGCGCCU